UCUGGCUGUCGCCUGUUUUUUGAUAUUUGUAUUUCAAGUCACAUUCACUUCCCAAAUAUUCCAUCAUGUCGGGCAAAGCUCUUAACAUUGGUGAUCAGUUUCCAAAUUUCCAGGCUCAGACCAAUGAGGGAAAUAUUGACUUUUACGAAUGGAUGACUGACAAAUGGGCCAUACUUUUCUCGCACCCGGCAGAUUUCACUCCAGUGUGCACCACAGAGCUUUCUCGUGUUGCACAAUUGAUACCGGAGUUUAAUAAGCGUGGCGUCAAGCCGAUUGCCUUGUCUUGCGACACCGCAGAAUCUCACAAGGGUUGGAUCGAGGAUAUCAAGAGUUAUGCCAAGCUGCCAAGCUUCGAUUAUCCGAUCAUUGCGGAUAACAAGCGUGAAUUGGCUUUGAAGUUGAAUAUGCUAGAUAAGGACGAACUGAGUGCUGAGGGAAUUCCAUUAACCUGUCGUGCCGUCUUUGUUGUGGACGACAAAAAGAAGCUGCGUCUCUCCAUCUUGUAUCCAGCAACAACUGGUCGCAAUUUCGAUGAAAUUCUGCGUGUUAUCGACUCGCUGCAGCUAACUCAAACGAAGAGCGUGGCCACUCCUGCCGACUGGAAGCAAGGUGGCCAGUGCAUGGUGUUGCCCACGGUGAAGGCCGAGGAUGUGCCCAAACUGUUUCCGCAGGGAGUUCAGACCAUCGAGGUGCCAUCAGGCAAGAGCUAUUUACGCAUAACUGCACAGCCAAAAGACUAAAGAAAAGCACAAAUGAUUCCAUACAGACAAAUGUGAUUUGUAUUCAUUUUACACAAGUUUUAUUACAAAAAAAUAUAAUUAACAACAAA